UUCUCAUUUUAGUCACUACAUUAAAAUUGAAGAGAAUUGAUUAGCGAUUGACAAAGUUAGUAAGAGGGAAACAUGUAAUUUUAUAAGAAAAUAGAGAUCCAACUAAAGCUUUAUGAGUAUAUGAUUCUUUAAACUUGCAUCUAUAUAUUUGCAUGCUUUGUUGAAAAUUUUUAUUUGGGCCUAAUAUACAAUUUGGGUACAUGGAGUUUGUUGUGAAGGUUCUCUGUGGGGCGGGACAAUAUAUGCAAUUCUCACAAAUAUUGGUGAUCAUUUUCUCCUUUUGGUCAUUACAUUAAUAUUUGUCUCUUAACAUGAUGAUAAAGAAACCUAUUUUCUUAUAGAUUUGUCUCUUAAUGAAACUACAAAUUUCAGAGUUUUAGAAAACCAAAAUUUGGUUUCACAAGUAUUGUUUUCGUGAUAAAAGUGAUGGAUGUGCACCACAUCCUUCAGGGAGUGUAAACGAAUUGAAAUGAUGAAACUCCAGUUUCAAUCUAACGACUCAUUAAUAUUAAAGUGCUAUCUCUUUUUCUAAUAAGUAGGAUAAUUCAUAUUCCUUCCAAUGUAAUUAAGUUGUCAAAGUUAGGAACUGGUGGUGCUAUGCUUAAUGCGACCUAUCGACCAAAAGUUGAAGAAAACUCUCUCAAGUAAAAUAAUACACAAAAUUAAAGAUGAUGUCAACUAGGUAGCAAUCUAUCUUUAGACGUCCAUUCUUCUUAACUUCAUAAUUCACUUUAGGAAAAUCACCAUACCCAUUAAAACAUAAAUUAUGCUAAUUUUUUUAGAAGAGGAAGAUACUAUCCAUGUUGGAAAUCAGUGGUUUCAGAUAGAAUAAACAACAAAUCAUUAACAAUAUCAUGACUUGGAUGUAAUAUAUUCUACUUGAAGUAUCAUAUUUGUCAUAUCAUUAUAGUUUCGCUUUUAUUGAGAUGUGAGAGAAGCAGAAAGAGUCGGUCUUCUAAUGUUGGAAGUAGUGGAUUUAAAAAUGGAGGUGACCACAUUGUUAACAAGAAGGAAACGAAUAUUGAUUGUAGAUAUCUUCAUUAAUGUUUGGUUUUUUUAUAUGUUUUUAUUUUAUUAUGAGAUGGUUCUUUGACAUGAGUUUGGUUAUUUACUUUCAUCCUUACACUAUAGAAUUUGCUAGAAUUUAAGAAAAAAACUCUAGAAUGUACAUUUAUUUUUAUGAACAAUUACUAUAGUACGUAAUGUAUUCGUCCAAUAAUGAAUUUAUUAUAAAACUAAAAUUAUAUAUAGCCACCAACGGAUGGGCCCGGAUCUGGUUAAUAAUUAAGUAUUUAAACCGUUAAAAAGGGGAGAAAGCCACGAGCCAGGUGGCAUGACUGUUGACUCUCGUCGUAAGAGUCCCGCGGAAAUUAAGGAAAGCCGUUCCAGAAAGAGCCACCCAUUUCUUUCUUUCUUUCUUUACAUUCCUUAACGUUCGAUUUUUCUCCCUUUGCGGCCACAUUCCUGCUAUAUUGGAACCAAACGCCAGGAGGAACAUCGUCAAUCUCCCAAAUUACCUAAAAAAUUCAUUCUCAUUCCCACACACACACAAAAAAAAAAAAAUGGCCGUCUCCGAUCACCGACAUCACCGGUCUCUGAUCCCAAGCUUCGUCUACUCCUCCCCCGUCUCCACCAACAAACUUUUCGGUCUGAACGACUCCGCUGCGCAAAAAUCUACCUCCAACGCGUCCUCCGUCAGUGGCGAUGGCGGAACUGCGUUGCAGAGGUUCGCGAUCCCUGCCCCGAGCGAGAAGAUUGCGAUGUACUCGCCCGCUUUCUACGCCGCCUGUACAGCCGGUGGUAUAUUCAGCUGCGGCCUCACUCACAUGGCCGUCACUCCUCUCGAUCUUGUCAAGUGCAAUAUGCAGAUCAACCCAGCCAAGUACAAAAGCAUUACAUCUGGGUUUGGAGUAUUGCUGAAAGAACAAGGGGCGAAAGGUUUCUUCAGGGGAUGGGUGCCUACACUGCUUGGUUACAGUGCUCAAGGCGCCUGCAAAUUCGGGUUCUACGAGUUCUUCAAAAAAUACUACUCAGACAUGGCCGGGCCCGAGUUCGCAACCAAGUACAAGACCUUGAUCUACCUUGCUGGUUCUGCAUCUGCUGAGGUGAUCGCCGAUGUCGCUCUCUGCCCCUUGGAGGCAGUGAAGGUUCGCGUCCAAACCCAGCCUGGCUUUGCCCGUGGUUUGUCAGAUGGAUUCCCCAAGUUUGUCAAAGCAGAAGGCUUUGCUGGAUUAUACAAAGGCCUUGUUCCACUGUGGGGACGCCAGAUUCCAUACACGAUGAUGAAGUUUGCAUCGUUUGAGAAGAUUGUGGAGCUAAUCUACAAGCAUGCCAUCCCGACCCCGAAAGAGCAGUGCAGCAAGCAGUUGCAGCUCGGGGUUAGCUUCGCCGGUGGAUACAUUGCAGGUGUUUUCUGUGCUAUCGUCUCGCACCCAGCCGACAAUCUGGUUUCUUUCCUCAACAACGCCAAGGGAGCAACGGCCGGCGAUGCGGUUAAGCAGCUAGGGCUAUGGGGGCUUUUCACCCGGGGGCUUCCUCUCCGAAUCGUCAUGAUUGGUACGCUCACAGGAGCCCAAUGGGGCAUCUACGAUGCGUUCAAAGUGUUUGUGGGACUCCCAACUACAGGUGGAGCUGCCCCUCCUCCCAUAAAGAAUUGAAGAAGAGAGCGAGCGAGUUCAUGUGGCGAACUGAACGAGAUUAUCAACUUUCUGAGUAGCGAUCUACUGCCAGGAGAUCGAUGGUCAAAUAAUAGUAGCUUAAGCUUAGUAUUUGGAUCUCAGUAAUUGCACCACAGAACAAAACCAAUUCUUUUCAAAACAUACUCUUGCUAUUCCAUUAAAUUUUUCUGCCAUUU